GAAAAAGAAGUGACGACCCAAGUUGUUGUCGGUGCAAAACACAACAACGAUUGAGUUGAGUUUGGGUUUAAAACAGAAGAGAUUUAGACUCGUGAGAAAAUGGCUAUGGCUAUGAAGGCUACGCCAGUCACAGAUUUGGGCUUCGUUUCUCUAAGGUCUUCCAGACUUCCACCCUUCAAAUCAUCAUUUCUCAGUUAUAGGGGAGCACUGGAAGUUCCUGGUAUACGAGUAUCCUACUCCAAUAGGUUAAAAUGUAAUUGUCAAGGUGGCGGUGCCCUUGGUGCUCAGAUGAAUCUUUUUAGCAGAUUUGCUAGAGUUAUCAAGUCAUAUGCUAAUGCCAUUAUAAGCUCCUUUGAAGACCCUGAGAAGAUCUUAGAACAAACUGUUGUAGAUAUGAAUAAUGAUUUGAUAAAGGUUCGCCAAGCUACAGCACAGGUUCUAGCAUCUCAAAAGCAAUUAGAAAGCAAGUACACUUCCGUACAAAAAGCUUCUGAUGAUUGGUAUCGAAGGGCACAACUUGCUCUUCAAAAGGGGGAUGAGGAUCUUGCCCGUGAAGCACUUAAGCGAAGAAAAACUUAUGCCGAUAAUGCAACUGCUUUGAAGACACAGCUUGAACAGCAAAAGAGUGUUAUUGAUAGUCUUGUGUCCAAUACACAGCUUUUGGAGAACAAGAUACAGGAAGCAAAGUCGAAGAAAGAUACCCUCAAAGCAAGAGCUCAGUCUGCAAAGACUGCAACCAUAGUAAGUGAGAUGGUGAGCAAUAUCAGCACAAGCAGUGCCCUUGCAGCUUUUGAUAAGAUGGAGGAAAAGGUACUAACCAUGGAGGCUCAGGCAGACGCAUUGAAUCAGUUGACUACUGACAAUCUUGAGGGAAAGUUUGCACUGCUAGAGAACUCUUCUAUCGAUGAUGAUCUUGCAGAGUUAAAGAAAGAAUUAUCUGGAAGCUCCAAGCGAGGAGAACUUCCACCUGGAAGAACUGUUCCCACAAACAAAGAAUUUCCGUUCCCUGACUUGGAGGUUGAGAAGGAGCUUAAUGAAUUGAGAAGAAAAGCAAAUGGUUUUUAGGUUUGCCCUUUUUAUACACUUAGUCUCUGUUGAUCCACCCACCUUAUAGAUGAAAUUUUUCUUUGGCCACUUUACGUAUUGCUUUGGUUACGAACAGGUUGAAAUUUUUAUACACUUCUAGUCUCCUUUGGUUACCUAAUUUGAAAUUGGAAAGAUUUGUAAAUAUUUUUGCAGUAUAGAAAUCAUGUACAUGUAUUGCUUUGGUUACGAACAGGAUGAAAUUUUUGCGUUGACGGAUAAGUGUUUGUGUUCAGUGUGGAUUUAGAUUAAGUUGUA